AUGGAGUUAACAAUCAGCGCUGUGUGGUUCUCCCUGGCGUUUUUUGCCGUUACUGCAAUAAUCACCAAGAUUGCAAGUAGAAGAGUUACAUUCGAUCAUGUACGUACACGACCACCUCCACCUGAGGUAAAGGGUAUCGCUGUUGUAAGACUGUUACCUACCCUGCGUACAAAGGGCCCUGCCGCCACAAUGCAUUACCUGUACGAUAAGUUUGGCAGUGUGUUCACAGUGAGUUUUCUUUGGAAAAGAAUAACCUUCUUGGUUGGACGGGAGGCAUCCGGUAUGUUUUUCGGAGCACUGGAUUCGGAGGUUUCCCAUGGAGAUAUAUAUGAGUUCACUGUGCCCGUAUUUGGCCCAGAGAUGGGCUUCGCUGUAGAUUACACCACUCGAACGGAGCAGAAUAUGUUCUUUAUUGAAUCUCUAAAGCCAGCGCAACUGAGGAACCACGUCGAUCCUAUGCUUCAAGAAGUGGAGAACUACUUCGCAAAAUGGGGAGAAGAAGGGGUAGUUGAUCUCAAAGAUGAAUUCCAGGAGCUUCUCAUGUUAAUAUCAUGUCGAUGCCUUGUUGGAAAAGAGGCCCGGGAGAAUAUGUUCGGCCAGUUCUGCACACUGUUUCGUGACAUUGAGAAGGGUUUGAACUUUGUCAGUUUCAUGUUCCCAUACAUCCCAACUCCUACAAACCGUCGGCGUGAUAGAGCACGGAGCAAGCUUGCAGGAAUUAUCUCUGAGAUUGUGAGGUCACGUAAGAGCUCCAAUCCUGUCAAGGACGACGUCCUCCAGAGAUUGAUUAAUUCAACAUAUAAGAGCGGACGUGCCACAACCGUAACUGAGGUCAGCGGGUUAAUAAUCGCCUUGAUCACCGCUGGAAAACACACAAGCACACAUACUAGCAUGUGGACUGGAGCUUGUCUUUUGAGCAGUACAAACUUUUUAGAAGCUGCUGUGGAGGAGCAAAAGCAAAUAAUUAGGAAACACCAGGACAUGAUAGACUACAAUGUCUUGUCAGAGAUGGGCACCCUGCAUAGUUGCAUCAAAGAAGCUGUACGUAUGUACCCUCCAGUUCCAAUGUUGAUCCGCAAGGUACAGAAAGACAUCAACGUCCGUACAGAAGAGGGCAAUGAAUAUGUCAUCCCCAAAGGUAACAUCUUAGUGAAUCUUGUAGUGGUGAACGGUAUGUUGCAAAACAUUUACAAUGAUCCUGAGGUGUAUGAUCCAGAUCGGUUUCGUCCAGGAAGAGAGGAGGACAAGGUUGGUGGUAAAUUCUCUUUCACAAGUUUUGGCGGUGGAAGGCAUACUUGCACUGGCGAGGCUUAUGCUUACAUGCAAAUCAAGAUUAUAUUGAGCCACUUGCUGAGGAAUUUUGAACUGAAACUGAAUUCUUCAUUUCCCAAGCCAGAUUGGAGCAAGAUUACCCCAGAGCCUAAAGGGAAAGUACUCGUAAGCUACAAGAGACGUUGCCUGUCUAGCAACUAA